CUAUAAAAAGCGUACAAAGUAAUAGUAUAUAUCUCAAACUUCACAAAAUCUAUUACAAAUCCCUACAAAACUUACUUGGUUGAGAAAGAAAUCACAAAUCAACAUGGGUUCCCUAAAACAUCCCAAACUGCUUGUUGUAGACUUCACCAAGGACAACUUGAAGCCUGGUUCAAGUGCUUGGACCACAGCAUGCAAAGACAUCAAACAAGGCCUAGAACAACAUGGUUGUUUUGUGGCUUUGUAUGACAAAAUUUCUUCAGAUCUUAACAAAGCAAUUUUUAAUGCAGCAGAUGAGUUGUUUGAUCUCCCCACUGAGACCAAGAUCCAGAACGUCAACGACAAGCCUUACCAUGGUUAUGUUGGGCAAAUGCCUAUUGUUCCUCUCCAUGAAGGCUUGGGGAUUGACUAUGCAACAACAGAAGAAGGAGCUCAGAGUUUCACAAAACUCAUGUGGCCUAAGGGGAAUGAUUCUUUCUGCAAAAGCUCGAUGUCAUUUGCAAGCACAGUAGCUGAAUUGGAUCGACUUGUGGCGAGAAUGUUGUUCGAAAGCUAUAGAGUAGAGAAGUACUGUGAUUCUCACAUUGAUGCAUCAACCUAUCUCCUUCGAUUCCUGAAGUACAGAGCUCCAGAGAUCGGAGAGACAACAAUGGCUUUUCCAUCUCAUACAGACAAGAGCUUCAUGACAAUACUCUAUCAAAAUCAAGUUUCAGGUUUGGAGAUUAAAUCAAGGGACGGAGAGUGGAUUGAUGUCGAGUUCCCUCCUAAUUCCUGCGUUGUCAUGGCUGGUGAUGCUUGCAGGGCAUGGAGUAAUGAUAAAGUACUAUCUCCAAACCACCGGGUGACCAUGGACAAGAACGGCAAGGACACCCGAUACACCAUUGCACUCUUUUCCUUCCUGAGCCAUAACAUAGAAACACCCAAAGAGCUCAUCGACGUUGAAAACCCACAACAGUUCAAGUCAUUUGUCCAUAUGGAUUUGCUCAAGUUCUAUGACACCGAUCAUGGCCGGAGAACACAAACCAUUCUUAAAGACUUCUGUGGUGUUUGAAACUCUAGCUCUAGCUCUAGCUAAGCUAUGCUAUGUUAUGUUGAUCUUCGUCAUCAACUGUAUUUGUUAAUUGGGUUAUUAUAUAGUACGUUAUACCCUUUUAUGAGUGCCUAACUUUCUUUGUACUUUGUAGUGGUUUGCCUAUGUAAUAAUGUUCCUUAUGAAGUUAUGACUGUUUAAUA